GAGUUAUCAGGCAACUUAAACACACCGUGUCACGGCAGCAUACAACUUGCCUAGCUACAGGCCGAUAGCGUUGCUCAUUGACAAAUUCAGCCGGAUACACUACCUAGUUUAUCACUGCACGCGCGGUUUCGCGGUGUGGUUUAUUUUGAUCUAUACAUCGUACUUGAGAAUUUUAAACGAAGCUGACUGCUGUUCCGACGUGACGAUCACCAUUUCUUAGGACAUAUCUCAGCACCAUGUGCUUGGACGUUAUAGUAAAUGGACGUCGCGUCAAAACAAGUUUGGAGGGGAUAAACAGCUGAGUGUCACAGUACUGUCACCGUGUGAUACUCGCCGUUCCUCACCUGUGUUAACGACCCUCAUGCCAAAAGCCAGCUUAAUAAGACUUUCCAGCGCCUCCAAGCAGUUACCAAGUUCCCAGGCCCUGGAAGUGAAAUUUGAAAGAUUUUGUCCCGUUUGGACUACUGUUGAGGUUAAAGUGAAAAGUGAUCAAGCACGUGUCUAACCCCGGGAACAAGGCACUAGAGGAAGUUUCUCGAUAGAAACAACAACACAGGGGGAAAAAGGAAAUACAAAUUGCAAUAUAAAAAUACUCUGUAAAAGGCAACUGGGCAAGAACCGCCAACUGCCGCAAUUGACAGCAAUACUGAAAACGUUCCUGGGUUAACAAUCUACACCAACUGAGAAUAUAUAAGCCCUUGAUUUCAGUGUUAUGUCUGCUUUAAUGGUACGUAAUGGGAGGUCGUAGACAGGUGGAACACGAGGAAAAAAUCCCAUCCGGUAUAUAUUAUUGACUCUCAGCCGAACGAGACCAAGGCAACGCAAGACGGAACAGUAUCCAUGCGUUGUGGAACAGAGUGAGAUCUGUAUAACCUGUCCCUGGCCCCGGCCCGAGUCUGGAAGCAAAAAUACUGGUGUUACCCUGAUUAUCCCGUCAUUUUCGAAAUUUUAUAAUGUUAAUGGUGCUCCACUAACCACAUCUUGGCAUAGACUUUGUAUGCUGGGUUUAAUUAUUAGCAACAAUUCUGGAGGCCGACAAAAAUUGAGGUUCUGAGGCUCGAAGCAACAUCCGCAAGAAUAAUGCGUUAAGUCUGCCGCCUAACAGUUAAGUUCGUCGUGGUGAAAAACAGUUCUACCUCCCCGAAGAUGACUUAAAGUAAGACGUGAUUCUCUCAGGGGUCGCUUUUGCCCCGUUAAGGUGAGAGUGCCUGAGCGACGGCUGAGGUGAAACCAACACGUGCGAGCCCUCCUUCUUCCUCCCUCGCGCCAACUGCCGUCCAUCAGCUUUUUAAACUCCUCCUCCUCUCUUGGACUCGCUUCUCCGGGCGGGGUAGCAACAACGUAGAGAAGCAAUAAACAACAAACAAAUAAACAACAGAAGGGAAAGGCAAUAAUUCACCUCCCAGAUGGAGUCGAGAACCAAUUCUGGAAAUCCGUUACUCCAGUCGAGGACAAACUCGGGGAACUCUCUGAAGUCACGCACUAAUUCUGGAGCCUCUCUGGUCACGCUGGACCAACAGGCGGUUGAACGGAAUGAGACCUUGGAUCGGAUUUUUGAAGGAACUUUGCAGAACUUGCCAGCGCUUAAAUCGAAAAUCGUCCGGAUUUUCACAAGUUCGACAUUCACAGACACCACUCUUGAGCGCAAUGCAUUCAUGGAAGAGGUCUACCCCAGACUUAAGGAGUACUGCAGAGAAAAACAUGGACUCGAGUUUCAGGUUGUGGACAUGCGCUGGGGUGUCCGAGACGAGGCUACAGAUGAUCACAUGACCACCGAUCUCUGUAUGCAGGAGAUUAGCAACUGCCAGAGAUUAUCAAUGGGGCCAAACUUCGUGGUGUUACUUGGGCAGAAGUAUGGCUACCGACCUAUACCAACGACAAUCCUCGCGUCAGAAUUCGAGAAACUGCGAGAGUGUAUCAAAAACGUCCCCAGUGACCUGGAUCUCAUUGACCUCUGGUACAAACGUGACGACAAUGCUGUUCCACCAGUGUACAUUCUACAACCAAUCAGCUCGAUCCUUACAAAUUUCAAUAACAAGCGCCACCAGCGGCUCCAGGAGGCAGAUCAGAACACGUGGUGGGAGACCAUGGGCAAGCUGCAGAGAAUGCUCCGAAAGGCGGCGCAAGUGAUGUUCAUUACCAAGAAACUCAACAAGGAGCAGAUGCACAACUAUUUUAUGUCAGUGACAGAGCGAGAGAUACAGCACGGCCUUUUAUUGGCUGAAAAUGUAGAAGAACACUGCCUGGCAUAUAUCCGCAAUAUCAAAAAUGUGAACAUAGCUCUUCUCCGAUUUGCUUCAAAAUUUGUUGACAUUGCCGCCAGAAGCGUCGACAACGAGGCUCAGAAAUACCUGAACGCUCUCCGGGACGAAAAGAUUCCAAAGAAACUUCCGGCUUCAAAUAUCGCGAGAUUUGAGGUUGAAUGGAGCGGAAAGGAAGGAAUUGACAAAGAGGCUCACGCGGAAUAUUUAAAAGAGUUCUGCGAGCACUAUUUCAAUGACAUCAUACGGCUCGUAGACCAGGCGAUGGAUAGACACGAGCAGUUGACUAGCGAUAGCGUGUAUAGUGACGUAUUGCAGCAUCUUCACGCCUGUGAGACAUUUUGUAAAGUGUUCCAGGGACGUGAAGAGACUGUAGAGAAAAUCCACCAGUAUAUCAUGGGAAGUUCGGUGGAACCACUGGUGCUAAGCGGAGAAAGCGGGUGCGGGAAGACGUCCCUCAUGGCCAAAGGGGCUAGUAAGGUACCUGACUGGUACCCGGACACAGUGGCCCCAGUCAUGAUCAUCCGUUUCCUGGGAACUUCCCCUGACAGCUCCAGCAUCAUUCCACUACUAAAAAGUCUCUGCCACCAGAUAGCGCACGUCUACUGCCAAGACAUGACCGAAAUUCCAAACGAACUUGCCCCCUUGUGCCAGCAUUUCAAGAAGCUCCUGACGUGCAUGACUGAGUUGCGCCCUCUGGUGAUAUUCUUAGACUCAUUGGAUCAAUUAUCUGGAACGGACGGGGCCCACCAGUUGGCAUGGUUACCGAUGAGUCUUCCGAAGAAUGUCCGCAUCAUAGUCUCUACGCUUCCGAACUAUUUCAGCAUUUUAGACACCCUGAAGAGGAUGAUAUCGGAAGAGGGGAAUUUCGUUAUCAUCACUCCUCUUGGUCAGGACCUUGGAAGUGCCAUACUGAGGUCGUGGCUGGGACGUGCAAAUAGGUCAAUCACAGAGGAGCAGUGGAAAAUCGUCAACGAGGCAAUCUCAAAGUGUAAUCUCCCUUUAUUUGUGAAGCUGGUCUGUGACGAGAUCUGCCGCUGGAAAUCCUAUAGCAAGCCGCAACUUACGACUCUAUGCUAUACAAUCCACGACACCAUCAUCAAGCUCUUUGACAGAAUUGAGAUCCAGCACGGCAAAACGUUGGUGUCUCACGCACUCGGGUACAUCACGGCGUCCAAGAGUGGCGUCAGUGAGGCAGAGCUCGAGGAUCUGCUCUCUUUGGACGAAAAGGUUUUGAAUGACGUCUACCAGUACCAUCUGCCGCCAGUGAGGCGCAUCCCACCGCUGCUUUGGACCAGGUUACGGAGUGACCUCCCUGGGUACCUGUCUGAAAGGGAAGCAGACGGGGUCAGCGUGGUUAACUGGUACCAUCGCCAGUUUAUCGACGCAUCUCGUGAACGCUACUUCCGAAAUCUUAACUUCCUCAGCGAGAUACACUCGAACAUUGCCGAAUAUUUCCUGGGGACUUGGGGCGGCGGGAAACCAAAACCAUUUGAAUACUCAGAUUUGCAAAGACAAAGGUUUGGACUCGAGGACAAGUACGGCGAAAGUGACCGAAAACUGCCGAUCCAACCUGCUAUGUUCUAUGACGACCAGGGUAAAGUUACCAGGUACAACUUGCGCAAACUCAGUGAGCUACCCUUCCAGCUGAUCCGAUCCCACAGGUACGACGAUCUCUACCAACACUGUCUCUUCAACUACCAGUUCCUCCUGGCCAAACUCAGCAGCAUGCCCCUCCAGGCCUCCCUACAGGACUUCGAGGACGCCCUCGACUAUGUCUUCGACAAGGACACCAAGUUGCUAUCAGACACCUUGCGGUUGUCCGGUUCUGUCUUGGCCCAUCACCCGGCCAUGCUGGGUCCACAAAUAACGGGGAGGUUGCUGCCGUAUUAUAACACGCACCAAAAGAUACGGGCCUUGAUUCAGCAAUGCGAUAGUGUCGGGGUGCAGUACUGUGCGCUGGUCCCCUCAUACCAUUGCCUCCACACUCCCGGAGGGCCACUGCAGUAUAGCCUAGAGGGACAUCCGUUUGCACCUUUUGGGAUUGGCGUGACGUCAGACACCCGUUACCUCAUCUCAGUCUCCAACCGGAUUAUAAUUUGGGACUUGAGCACCGGGGAGGUAUUCAGGACCGUGAUACCAGGCAUCGAAGGCAUUAUGCAGAAUUUGGGUCUCAGCCCCAACGACAAGAUGGCGGUGGGGUACACCAAUAACAACCAGGUUGUCAUCUGUACUAUAAUGACUGGGGAUUUCAUGCUGCUUGAGAAAGUUGUAGAGGGUUCCGAGCCAAUUCUGGGGAGUUCUGUCAGCAACACGCAUUUUGCAGUGUACACAGCAUACGAGUGGUACCUGUACACGAUGGAUGCGGUGCUCGUAUCAAAGGCCCAGGUUCCCAAAGAGUCGCCAUUAAUACAAAUGCAUCUUGGGAAUGAUGGGCAACACGUGAUGGUGCUGAAGAGUGGAGAGGAGGAUGAUAAUGACAUGACGUUUGAGGUGCAAAAUGGGACGGUGGACUCGUUCGAAUUCCACAGUGCAAUGGCCAUCGCUCAAGACAUGUCUACCAUCUACUGCUGUAUUGAAAUCAGCGACAACUGUGUCGCCGUCUACAAGAGAGACAACGGAGCCUGGAGGUACAACCGCACCCUGGACGAGAACCACGACCCAGUGUUUGCCCUGACUCUGUGCGAGGAGGAAACGUACCUCGUGGCUACCAUAGCGUCCGGGUACAAACUGUGGGAUCUGAAGACAGACAAGGUCAAGCACCUGAAACUUCCGUCUGGAAUCCGGAACAUUCCGACCAAGAACCAACUUACCGGCGUCGUUAACUUCACAAAGCACAGCUAUUUCGUGGUGGCGGGUGUGCGGAAGAAUCUCUAUGUCUGGGACGUCAAGAAUGGGAAUCUCGUGAAGACCCUUGAUGCACAUUUCGGGCGUAUUAUUGCGCUACAGGCUGUGACGUCCAACAACAUGAAUAAGGUAAUCUCUUCUUCAAUCGACAAAACCAUAAAGGUAUGGAACUUCGACAACAUCUACGAGGAUGUUCACACAAUAGACCGCCACGAAAAACCCAUAGAAUCUCUCAGCCUGGCCAACUACGCUUAUUUGGGGGUAACAACCACCCGGAACAACAUUGGGGUAUGGAAUCUCGAAAACGGACACCUUCAGAAGAUUCUCUCAAGCAGUUCCCACAGUUCCAUAGUCACGCAUGCGUGCAUAACAGCGGAAGCUCAGUACGUCAUCAGCGCCGAGUCAAACAACGUGUUUAUCUGGGACCUCCCGCAGGCGAAGAUCGUUCGGCAGGAUCCGGAGAAGGAGGUGCUUCAGCUGGAGUUGAACGAAGGGGAUGAGAAAUACACGGUCAUCUCUCGCUCUGCAGGCACCAAAGCCCGCGUGACCUGCAGGACCAUACCCGAAGGGGACACUGUAUACAGUUUUGAGUAUAGCUUCAAGAAGUUCAAAAGGGCGGUGCUAAGCAAGGACGGUGUCUUCGUCGUGGUCGCCGCUGUGCAAAAGAAUGACGAAGUUCUGGGCGUGUUUCAAGGCAAAACGGGUGCCUUCAUCUACAAUGUCCAGCUGAAGUAUAACAGUUACAAGGAAUUCACCCAGUUAGUGGCAAUGCCCAAUGAACCCACCCACGUUGCACUCAUUGACUCCGAAAAGGGCAACAUUUUUGACAUCAAGAAAAAAUCUCUGGUGCGCUCCAUCCCCAAAUGGAACGGACUCUGCACGCAGAAUGGUAAAUACGGGCUAUACGCCCCCUCUCGCGGCGGGUUAGAACUUCUGGAUCUCAAAACGGGGAAGGUGGCCAAGACCUUAAUCCCAAGAGUGGCCGAGGGAGUCUUCAGCGUGAACUGUAUGUUCACCAAGAAUGACCAGCAUGUCAUCUACUACCAUUCCGGUCACCGCACUAUUCAGGUUUUCAGGGUCACGGACGGUAAACGGAUCGCCAAUUACAAGGCGCAUGCGGAUAUCACCGCAAUAGCGGGCACUGGCGGCGGCUCCUCCAUUGUGAUUGGGGCCGUCGACGGAAGCCUGACUAUGCUUACCAUUGCCGAUCCCGACAGCCUGGGAGGCGAAGAGUUUCUGCAGUCCUUGCCAAGCCGACAGAAUAACGUCUCGAGCCCUGGAAGUAGUCCCAAGCAGGGAAGCGCUUCCGGACGAGCCAAUGGAAAGCUGAGUCUAGAUGGCGCUAUGCAGGUGUCACGGUUUGUUGGCAAGGGACGAAUGGCGCAGAAGUCACGGGCAUGUGUUAUUUCGUGAGGGCGUUCCAAGUUUUGGCCUUAAAACAGGGUGCCGGUAUAUCAGUAAGACCAAUAUAACAAACGACAAAUUUGACAAUGCGAAAAACUUGCCAUAUGUAGAAUACAUUUUAAUGGACCCCCCUCUCCCUCUCCCCUUGUUCUUAAUGUCUGUGCGUAUGUGGUCAUGCAAGUUCGUGUCUAACUGCGUUAUAGGACGACGGUAGAAAAUUGCCAGUCUAGAGAAAUCCCUCUGUAGACACUCCGUGGAUGAAAUUCGAUUUGAUUUAAAGUGGAUUUCUUUAGAGGCAUAACACAAGAACUGUUAUAUACAGGAAUAGUAAUAAGCCUCUCUGUGAACACGUUUAAGACUCGGCCCAAGUGCGUGUCCGAAUACCUGCUAUUUUUUGUGUGAUAACAUUCCAUGUUUGUACAAAAGGGUCCACGUACCAUGUACAGUACAGUAUAUGUACCAACUAUUACAAGUUGUAUACCGUCGUAAUCUUACUGUAAUUCUUGAUAAAAGCACAUAAUGCGCUUUAGACCGGUACCUUAAUAUAGCAAAAACGAACCAAUUUCCCUCGUAAUUUCUAAGAUAUAACAUAUCCAAAACCGUUCACAGAAUUACGCUUUUAUUUAGUAAUACACGUAUGUUUCUAGUUCCGAAAACUGGUUUAUUUAUGGUAAUUGUAUCAAAGGCUUAGGAUGUGGUAGGCCUUGUUGUUAAAAUGAAAACUGCUGAUGCCGAGGAAAAUUAGUUUUAUUUGCUAUAUGUAGAAAUAUAUACAUCUAAAGCGCACUGUGAGCCUUUGAAUAAUGUCGACGAUAUGGCCUCUCCAUGACAAAUCUGUACAUUUCUUUCAUAGGUGCUGAAUAUAAGGUACUCCACGUGUAAAUAUACUCUUUAAUUUAUUAAUUAACUUAUGAAAUACAUAGUUUUAUAUCAACGUGUUUUUGAUUGUCAACAAACAGUCUUUGUGGAUAAUGUUUAUUGGUUACAUGUAUAUGCUAUAUACGUUUAGGCGUAAAAAUUCGAACAUGACAAUGAAACUAAGACCAUUCAUUCUUUAGGUUUAAGAUUUAGCUGUACAGUAAAUGUUCAAAUUCCAUAUGGCAACAUUAUAGGCUAUACGAGGAAAAACACGUGUUUCUGAGUUAUGGGAUUAGUUUUUUCAACGAAGAUCUCUUUAAAAGUGGAGUCAAAUGUUACUUGUGCAGUCCUACGUUAUGACUUGCGUACUUAAUGCAGUUGUUUAACCGGACUGAGGUAAAGCGAAAAACACUGAAUAUAUGCAUUGUUAUAAAGCACAGGAAUUAAUUAAUUUGCAACUUUUCGUGAAAUCCUGCAAAAUAUUUAGAUACAAGAAAAAAAAAAGAGGAAAGACCUAUUGAAGUAGAAUAUAAAGGAGAGACGAAUGGCUGGGGAGAAAUACUCAAUGAAGACAAAAUUCAAUGGUGCAAACUCUCUUUGAACUUUUUUGAUAUUUGAUAUUUUCUGUGCACUCAAACACCUUACUUGCAAUGGUGUGUUCUAACCAUAUUAAAAUGUGUUAAAAUCACGUUUAAAUAUUUUGUGUUUAAAAUACGAUUCUUAUUGACAACAUGACCUGUUUACUUAUUUUUAUUACUGAAAAUUCAUACUGUUUAUCUUUUAGAUUCAGAUAUGUCGGAAAGAUUCACCGAAGUUUUUUUUAUUAUUAUUAUGUUUUAUGUUUAGCUCUGCUCCAACUGAAUUAUGUGCCAUAAAGAAUAUUAUCAUAUAUUUUGAAAAUCUCUAUUUGUGGAAUUCGUAA